UGUUGCUGACCGGAAGCUCCUGGGUGACGGUCUGCGGGCUGCGGGCCGGCGCAGGAAGUGAAGCGUUCUGAGCUGCCACGUCCUGGGCCGUGAGUCGCCGCUGCCGCCGCGAUGGUGUCAGUAAUUAACACCGUGGACACCUCUCAUGAGGACAUGAUUCAUGAUGCACAGAUGGACUAUUAUGGCACCCGCCUAGCAACCUGCUCCUCGGACAGGUCCGUCAAAAUCUUUGAUGUGCGAAAUGGAGGGCAGAUCCUCAUCGCAGACCUCAGAGGACAUGAGGGGCCAGUAUGGCAAGUGGCCUGGGCUCACCCUAUGUAUGGCAAUAUCCUGGCUUCCUGUUCCUAUGACCGGAAAGUCAUUAUCUGGAAAGAAGAAAAUGGCACUUGGGAGAAGACCCAUGAGCAUUCAGGACAUGACUCCUCAGUGAACUCUGUGUGCUGGGCCCCUCAUGACUACGGCCUGAUCCUGGCCUGUGGGAGCUCAGAUGGGGCCAUCUCCCUGCUGACCUAUACAGGGGAAGGCCAGUGGGAAGUGAAGAAAAUCAACAAUGCUCACACGAUUGGCUGUAAUGCUGUCAGUUGGGCCCCUGCUGUUGUUCCUGGAAGCCUUAUAGACCAACCAUCAGGGCAGAAACCCAAUUACAUCAAGAAGUUUGCAUCAGGUGGCUGUGAUAACCUUAUCAAGCUGUGGAGGGAGGAGGAAGAUGGCCAGUGGAAGGAGGAGCAGAAGCUAGAGGCACACAGUGACUGGGUUCGAGAUGUUGCCUGGGCCCCCUCCAUUGGCCUGCCCACCAGCACCAUUGCCAGCUGCUCUCAGGAUGGUCGAGUGUUUAUUUGGACCUGCGAUGAUGCCUCAGGCAAUAUGUGGUCACCCAAACUCCUACAUAAGUUCAAUGAUGUUGUGUGGCACGUGAGCUGGUCCAUCACAGCAAACAUCCUGGCCGUGUCGGGUGGAGACAACAAGGUGACCCUGUGGAAAGAGUCGGUGGACGGACAGUGGGUGUGCAUCAGUGACGUCAACAAGGGCCAGGGUUCCGUGUCAGCCUCCAUCACAGAGGGUCAACAGAAUGAGCAGUGACAACAUAGGCAGCCUGGUCUUCCUGUUUCCAGGACUGCCUGCUCUAGAACAACAUCCAAACAACUGGGAAGGAGGGUUCAAAUGCUCCCAAGAUUCCACAUCCAAGAGUGCCCACAGAUGCAACAUGGGUGCUUACCUGCCUUACUGGGAUCCAUGUGUUUAGUAAUUUAAUGUCCAGCUGAAAGUAUUCAUGUUAGAAACAAAUGACUAUUAUUUUUAAAUAUUUUUGGCCAUUUUUAACUAUCUUUUUUGGUUCAGGCUGUUUCCAAGCUAAUAAAAAUCACAUUGCAUAGUAA